CCCUUAUUUCAACACAAGCUAGAUUUGAAAACUCCGACAAGUUUCUGUAACUCCGUAUCACUCUGUAUCAUCGUAUUGCUCCGUAUGGAGGAUCGUCAGGGGUAGUCAGGGGUUAAUCUGUAUACAGAAAUUAAAAGAAUCUCUGCUGAAACUAAACUUGUGCACAGUCGAAAGGAAGAUAAUUGCAGUGUGAUCGAAUAAUAAAGAAAAUUAAGCAGAGUAAUUUAAGUUUUAUAAGAAAAGGAGAACGACGAAGUGAAGCCCAAUUCACAUCAGAUACUUUUGAGCUGUCAGUUGUCAAACACUGUACUGAUCCAAAAAGACACUUUAUUUAUUGAUAUUACCUUUAUAAUAAAUAAAUUGUGUUAAACAAUUGAGUCUAACAAUGAAUCAAACGUCCAGAUUAGAAAUAAAUGUUAGACGUCUAUUAAAUCGUUGUGAACUUAUGGCUACAGAAGAUCCUCAAAAUGAUUGGAGACUCGAAAAGUUUAUAUUCCACGUGGAAGAUAUGGUCAAAGAAUUGCAGACAUUACCUAAUAAACCAUCGAGAGAUACAAUGACAGAAUACAUAAGACGUGUUGAUUUUUUAAAAGGAUUAGUCGGAACCGCAAAACUGUCUAAUCCAGUUGAACGUGUAACUGCUGCUCAGUUAUUAUCAAAGAGUCCAAUAACAACAACAGCAGAUUCUACUGGACCAAACAUAACAACACAAAUCCAUCAAAAAAUAACUGCAAAGUAUAACAAUGAAUUACGUGCUGAUUUAUUUAGCAGUGAUAAGGGAUCUACUGAUGAUGGCCUAAGACAAAGAUCUCUAAUUUCUCCUACUCAAGAUGAGGAUUUAGACGCACUGUUGAAGUACAACAGAAACAUUCAAGAAAAGAUUGCAGAGAAUAUGCUCAUGAUGACGAGUAAUAUGAAGGAACAUGCAUUAACUGCAAGUGCUAUAAUUAAAAAGGAUAUUAAUUCAUUAGAACAAUCUGAUAAACUGACGGACGUUAACGCCACCAAAUUGAAAACAGAAUCUUUAAAAUUGGAAGAACACACCAAAUCAAACUGGAGGUGUUGGGUAUGGUUAAUGGUGGGAUUGGUUCUUGUAAUAUUUUUCAAUAUGGUAUUGUUUAUGAAAGUGGCAAAGAAGAAGAUUCUAUGAAAAUUUUAUUGUGAUUAAGGGAUACGUGUAAUCAUAAAUAAAUUUUUUUAAAGAAAA